GCAGCUAUGGGCAACAGGGUUACCCGCGAGGAUUUCGAGUGGGUUUACACGGAGCAGCCUCACACGCAGCGCAAGAAAGAGAUCUUAGGAAAGAAAACUCAAAGCAACAUACAAAAACAAAAAAUGAGGAAUGCGUCCUUUAAGGCUGCACCCAUCGUUUGAUUGCAUCAGCUAAGUACCCAGCCAUCAAGUCUCUCAUGGGGCCAGAUCCCUACUUGAAAUGGAUAGUGACGGGGAUGGUGUUCACCCAGCUUCUGGCCUGCUAUCUUGUGAGAGACCUAUCCUGGAAGUGGAUCUUCUUCUGGGCCUAUGCUUUCGGGGGCUGCAUCAACCACUCUAUGACCCUGGCCAUCCACGACAUCUCCCACAACGUGGCCUUUGGCAACAAGCAAAUCAAGUGGAACCGGUGGUUUGCCGUCUUUGCCAACUUGCCCAUUGGACUCCCCUACUCGGCCUCCUUCAAGAAGUACCACAUAGACCACCACCGAUACCUUGGCGGAGACUUGUUGGAUGUGGACAUCCCCACAGACUUUGAGGGCUGGUUCUUCUGCACUCCCUUUCGGAAGGUGAUCUGGCUUGUCUUCCAGCCCCUUUUCUAUGCCUUGAGACCGCUCUACAUCAACCCCAAAACAAUUACCCAGAUGGAAAUACUUAACGCUUUGGCCCAGUUCUCUGUUGACUUGAUCAUCUACUACCUGUGGGGUUUGAAGCCUGUUGUUUAUUUAAUAUCAGGGACGUUGCUUUGCAUGGGCUUGCACCCUUUUUCGGGGCACUUCAUAGCAGAACACUAUAUGUUCCUGAAAGGUUAUGAAACGUAUUCCUACUACGGACCCCUCAACUGGAUCACCUUUAACGUGGGCUAUCAUAUGGAGCACCAUGAUUUCCCCAGCGUUCCUGGAUCUAAGCUGCCAAUGGUAAAGAAGAUAGCAGCAGAAUAUUAUGACACCCUGCCUCAGCACCAGUCUUGGGUUCGAGUUCUCUGGGACUUCAUUUUUGAUGACUCCAUCGGUCCUUAUUCAAGGGUGAAGAGAGUAUGCAAGCUGGCAUCAGACUCUCGAUAGCUGCGGACUCUGCCCUUUCCCCCUUUAUAAGCUUAACGGAGCUUUGCACCCUGUAUACUUCCCCCAUCCAAACAAACAUAAACGAGUCUGUUCUCUGAACAGAGUGUACCCGGUAACCACAUAAGAGCUGAUGUUAUGUUUCUGACACCCAAGGAGUUUUUGUAACUUCGAUAUGAAGAAAUAUUACAAUGAAGCCAGUGGGAAGCACCUGAAAAUGUAUAAUAUAGUUAAAAAAAAAAAUUAACAGACCUUUUUCUUUUAUUAUCUACUAGGCUGUUUGACAUAGGGACGCAGGUGGCGCUGUGGGUUGAACCACAGAGCCUAGGACUUGCUGAUCAGAAGGUUGGUGGUUCGAAUCCCCGUGACGGGGUGAGCUCCCGUUGCUCAGUCCCUGCUUCUGCCAACCUAGCAGUUCGAAAGCACAUCAAAGUGCAAGUAGAUAAAUAGGUACCACUCUGGCGGGAAGGUAAACGGCAUUUUUCGUGCGCUGCUCUGGUUUGCCAGAAGCGGCUUAGUCAUGCUGGCCAUAUGACCCGGAAGCUGUACCCUGGCUCCCUCAGCCAAUAUAGCGAGAUGAGCGCCGCAACCCCAGAGUCGGCAACGACUGGACCUAAUGGUCAGGGGACCCUUUACCUUUACCUUAGGCUGUUUGACAGCCUGGCUCACCCUGGUUUCCUGAUGCUUUGAACUACAUUGCUCAUCAGACAUGGUUAGGCACAGUGGGAUCUGUGAGCUCAACAUCUAUAAUCCAGGGUUGUUUCAAUGGAGAGGUGAGACAGUUUCCUUCUCACAACAAACAGGGAGACAUCUGGACAGACGCACAAGAGUAGCCGUCCAGCUGAGAAGUCUCCCGCUCUUCUGCCAGCCCCUGAAGAUGCUAGAAUAUCAGGAUCAAAAUGUUUCUCUUCAGAGACCUCAUGUUCUCUGCCUGCCCCUCCGGAAAGGACUGGAGAGUUAGGGGAGCAUGUCCAAGGACAACAGUGGCAGAACCAGGACUCACUAGUGGGUCACAGUCUGAUCCAAGGUGGGUUGCAACAGGGAGUGCUACCACCAUGCAAAUAUAUGGGAAAAGAUUGAAGAUGCAUCAUAUGAUCGUCCCCCUGGAUAACACAGACUCCAGCAGUCCUGGGGAUCAUUGUAAUUAUCAAGCAGGGACAGCUCAGUAGAGCAUAAGGCUCUUAAUCUCAGGGUUGUGGGUUUGAGCCCCAUGCUGGGCAAAAGAGUCCUGCAUUGCAGAGGGUUGGAUUAAAUCAGGGUUUCCCAAACUCCAGCUCUUUUUGGACUACAGUUCCCAUCAUCUGUGACCACCGGUCCUGCCAACUAGCGACGAUGGGAGUUGUAGUCCACAAACAGUUGGAGGCCCAAGUUUGGGAAACAUUCCACAAAUGGGGAACUACCACUGAAAAGGCCCCAUCAUGGGUCAUUGAUUGUUGGGAAGCCCCCAGAGGUGACACCAGCAACAAGGCCCUUAGUGGUGCAUAGGGCUGUUUCUACACAAAGUAGGGGUGGUUUCAGAGACCACACGGCAUAUAUGCCAUUUAUAAUGUGGAUCUUCCAGUUUGUGAUGAUUAUGAUGGUACUUUGCUUAGGUGAUGGGAGGCAGCAGGGUUAGUAAAGUUCCUUGCAUGGUCAGUUUGGGCCAUCGCAACAUCAAAGUGUAAACAAGUGUACUUCUUACAACACCCCAUUUUUCUAGCACCACCAGGGACCAGAAACAAAAUGCUCUGGGGGAGCCAGAUUAGUUCCAG